AUGGCUUGUCUAGGUUAUUGGAUUGACGAGAUUCAGUGGCUAACCAUGGUCAUUCUGUUCAUCAUUGCCUUGGUGACUGUAAGCAUGUAUUUGGUGCAAUAUGCCUUGGUUAUUGUUGGAUCCAGUUCCUGCAGGAUGUCAGCAGAAUCCUUCCAGCCAGUACAGAAGGAGGAUUUGGGUUUCUUGCUGAAAUGGGUUCUAUCCCUAAACAGCUGGAGGAGCCAGUGGCAAGUGGCUUGGGUUACAGCUUUGAAUGAGGAAGCUAAACAUAAAGGGGGACCACUCUUUCUUACAUUUGAAGAAGACCAAGUUCAAAAACCCUUAGAGCUAACAGUUCAGCCAGUUGUGAAUGUUGCCAGGUCUGUCCAGAAGGUGGUGUCCUAUAAUGUUCGAGGAGAUUCAAUUCAGUUUAUUGUCCAUGUGCUUUCUGCCUCAUCUGAUGCUUCAAAAUGUCAGUCAUAUGAUGUACAGCUAUCUCCAUUUCAUUUACAGCUGGAACUUCAUAUGAAAGAGAAAAGAGAAGAUAUAUUGAUAAAGUGGUCCUUCCUCAAUGCUUCAGAGAGAAAUAUAAAAAUCCAGCCCAAAGCAAUGCAGGAGGAUCAGAUAAUUGGGACACUUGAACUAUCCAAAACCCUCAAAGAUAUCUUGAAACAUCUAAUUAGUUCAGUCUCCCCAUCAGUGGUUUUGAGCACAAAAAUUAUGGAUGUAAAAGAGGCAAAGGAUAUGCUGUAUACCUCAACACUUCCUCAGGACUUGUGCCCUCCUAAACCUCCAAGGGUUCAUAAACUAAAACUGCUGGUAAAGAAUAUCCAAGCAACACUGCUGAAUAAUCCUGGUUCUUCAGGCAGCCUUAACUGUGUAUUUAUGACUCAGAUAAAUGAUCCUCCUCAGAAGUUCUUCAGCUCAGUAACCAAAAGUACCACAAAUUUCACUUGGGAUGAGGUGUUCACUUUUGAAUUAAAUGCCAAAUCCAAAGAGUUACAAAUGCAUGUUUUAGAAGAUGGGAAGUCCAAAGAUAGUCUAUUUUUUGCUUUGGCAACUGUUCCUAUAGAUGUAUUCAAGAAAAAGCCUUCUGGAAAACAAUGCUUUGCUCUGAACAGUGGGUACAGCUGUGAUCGCGUCGUGUUGGGCUCUAUCACUGCAGAGUUUUUUUACAUAGAACCAAAUGAACCAAAAUCAUGGAAAAUUCCUCCUCCUGUUCCUUCUGCAAAGAUAGAAAAAGACCAAACUGUGAUGCCCUGUGGGACUACUAGUGGUGCCCUGACAGUCACUUCUAUAACUGCUAUGAAAACAAAUCCUGAACUGGAUGUGGGUAGAUUUCCUGCAUUGAAUUCUGAUUUUUCUAUGAAAACUCCUAUUAAAGUCAAAGUCAUUGAAAAGGAUAUCUUGGUCCAAGCAAUUUCUUGCCACAGUACUUUCUCCUCUUCAGAUACAGAAUUGUUGGGGUCGAAUGAUUCUGAUCCAGUUGCAGAAGCUGCCAUUCAACAACUAAGUCAUUCUUCAAAGUUGAAAUUCAAGUCACCAAAGAAGAAGAGUACUAUUAUCAUAGAAGGGCAGUCCAAGAUUUCAUUAUGUCAGGACAGUGAAGUUCCACUGAUGAUAGACUAUGCAGCCUCUAUGGACAGCUCAUAUCAACAAGAAUUCCCUUCAUAUUAUGAAGAAAUUGUAUCUACUGAGCACAUUGAUGAAAAUUUAUCAAAACAUAUGUUGCCUGCUUUAGAACCACAAGAAAAUGAUUUUGACACUUGGAAAAUGGAGAGGAAUGCCAAAUCUGAAGAGUGGAAUAGUGAUGCUCAGAUAGACCAGGAUAGUAAAGAGAUGCCAAGGAGUUUAUCAGCAGUUUUGAGAAAAUGUAAAGAUGAUCCAGGAAUCCACAGAGGGACCCCAGAGUCUUACAGAGACCAUAGGAUAGAAAAGCUGCAGAAUGAGGGUGAAAAGAAGAAAGGGCCCGCCGUGCUGGCCAUGACGGCCCGCGGAACCCCGAGCCGCUUCCUGGGCAGCGUCCUCCACAACGGCCUGGGACGCUACGUGCAGCAGCUGCAACGCCUCAGCCUCAGGGUCAGCCGUGACUCGCCUGCGUCCCGCGGCGCCAGGGAGUUUGUGGAGCGGCACGUGACGGACUUUGCGCGGAGGAACCCGGGCGUCGUGCUCUACGUGACCGCCAAGAAAUGCCACGUGCCGCAGGUGGUGGCGGAGUACCUGAACGGCUUGGUCCAGGAGGUAGCUCUCGGUAAUAAGACGGCGGAGGAGAUUGCGACGCUGAUCCAGAAGCUGGCCGACCAGUCGGGCCUGGACGUGAUUCGCAUCCGGAAGCCCUACCACACGUACAACCCGAGCAUCCAGGGCCAGUGGCACCCCUUUACCAACAGGCCUCCCCAGCUGGGCAAGGCAGGCAUUGCGGAUGGGCGUGGAAUUUUAAGAAAGGGAGCAAAAGAUCCUGGAAUGAGCCAGUUACAUAAUAACCUUAUAUUCCUGCAGCAGUCUGAUGAGAUCACAGAAAAUAAACAAGGGUAA